GGCGGAGCUGCGGGAGCUGCGCGGGACGGACGGCGGGACGGGGCUGAGGGCUGAGCGCGCUGCUGGGAGGCAGAGGCCGUGCUGGGGCUGAGCACUUUGGGACCUCACGGGGAGUAUGGCAGACCCCGAAGACCCCCGUGAUGCUGGGGACGUGCUGGGGGAUGACUCCUUCCCGCUCUCCUCGCUGGCCAACCUGUUUGAGGUGGAGGACACCCCGUCUCCUGCUGAGCCAUCCCGGGGUCCCCCCGGCGCUGGGGAUGGAAAGCAAAACCUCCGGAUGAAAUUCCACGGGGCGUUCCGGAAAGGCCCCCCGAAACCCAUGGAGCUGCUGGAGUCCACCAUCUACGAGUCGUCGGUGGUCCCUGCACCCAAAAAGGCCCCCAUGGAUUCCCUCUUCGACUACGGCACCUACAGGCAGCACCCCAGCGAGAACAAACGCUGGCGCAGGAGGGUCGUGGAGAAGCCGGUGGCUGGCACCAAGGGGCCGGCACCCAACCCGCCGCCCAUCCUCAAGGUGUUCAACAGACCCAUCCUCUUCGACAUCGUCUCCCGGGGGUCCCCAGAUGGCCUGGAGGGUCUCCUCUCCUUCCUGCUCACCCACAAGAAGCGUCUGACGGAUGAGGAGUUCCGAGAGCCCUCAACAGGGAAGACGUGCCUGCCCAAAGCGCUGCUCAACCUGAGUGCUGGCCGGAAUGACACCAUCCCCAUCCUCCUCGACAUCGCCGAGAAGACGGGAAACAUGCGGGAGUUCAUCAACUCACCCUUCCGUGAUGUCUACUACAGAGGUCAGACAGCGCUGCACAUCGCCAUUGAGCGCCGCUGCAAGCACUACGUGGAGCUGCUGGUGGAGAAGGGUGCCGACGUGCACGCCCAGGCCCGUGGUCGCUUCUUCCAGCCCAAGGAUGAGGGCGGCUACUUCUAUUUCGGAGAGCUGCCCCUCUCACUGGCCGCCUGCACCAACCAGCCCCACAUCGUGCACUAUCUGACGGAGAAUGGGCACAAGCAGGCAGACCUGCGGCGCCAGGACUCGCGUGGCAACACCGUGCUGCAUGCUCUGGUUGCCAUCGCUGACAACACCCGUGAGAACACCAAGUUUGUCACCAAGAUGUACGACCUGCUCCUCAUCAAGUGCGCCAAGCUCUUCCCCGACACCAACCUCGAGGCCCUGCUCAACAACGAUGGCCUCUCUCCACUCAUGAUGGCUGCCAAGACUGGCAAGAUCGGGAUCUUCCAGCACAUCAUCCGCCGGGAGAUUGCAGAUGAGGACGUCCGGCACCUCUCGCGCAAGUUCAAGGAUUGGGCAUACGGCCCCGUCUACUCCUCACUCUACGAUCUCUCCUCACUGGAUACCUGCGGGGAGGAGGUGUCCGUGUUGGAGAUCCUCGUUUACAACAGCAAGAUCGAGAACCGCCAUGAGAUGUUGGCCGUGGAGCCCAUCAACGAACUGCUGUGCGACAAGUGGCGCAAGUUCGGUGCUGUCUCCUUCUACAUCAGCGUGGUCUCCUACCUCUGUGCCAUGAUCAUCUUCACCCUCAUCGCCUAUUACCGCCCCAUGGAAGGCCCCCCACCGUACCCCUACACUACAACCAUCGACUACCUGCGGCUGGCCGGGGAGAUCAUCACCCUCCUCACCGGCAUCCUCUUCUUCUUCUCCAAUAUCAAAGAUCUCUUCAUGAAGAAGUGCCCAGGUGUGAACUCGUUCUUCAUCGAUGGCUCAUUUCAGCUGCUCUACUUCAUCUACUCGGUGCUGGUGAUCGUCACGGCAGGGCUGUACCUGGGUGGUGUCGAGGCUUACCUGGCUGUCAUGGUCUUUGCUUUGGUCCUGGGCUGGAUGAAUGCGCUCUACUUCACGCGAGGGCUCAAGCUGACGGGGACCUACAGCAUCAUGAUCCAGAAGAUCCUCUUCAAAGACCUGUUCCGCUUCCUCCUGGUCUAUCUGCUAUUCAUGAUUGGCUACGCCUCAGCACUGGUGUCCCUCCUGAACCCGUGUCCCAGCAGCGAGUCCUGCAGUGAGGAUCACUCCAACUGCACGCUGCCCACCUACCCCUCAUGCCGGGACAGUCAGACCUUCAGCACCUUCCUGCUUGACCUCUUCAAGCUCACCAUUGGCAUGGGUGACCUGGAGAUGCUGGAGAGUGCCAAGUACCCUGGUGUCUUCAUCAUCCUGCUUGUCACCUACAUCAUCCUCACCUUCGUGCUGCUCCUCAACAUGCUCAUCGCCCUCAUGGGUGAGACAGUGGGCCAGGUGUCCAAGGAGAGCAAACACAUCUGGAAGUUGCAGUGGGCCACCACCAUCCUGGACAUCGAGCGCUCCUUCCCUCUCUUCCUGCGGAGAGCAUUUCGCUCUGGGGAGAUGGUGACCGUGGGGAAGGGCACUGAUGGGACCCCUGACCGCCGCUGGUGCUUCAGGGUGGAUGAGGUGAACUGGUCCCACUGGAACCAGAACAUGGGCAUCAUCAGCGAGGACCCGGGCAAGAGCGACACUUACCAGUACUACGGCUUCUCCCAUACCGUGGGGCGGCUGCGGAGAGAUCGAUGGUCAACGGUGGUGCCACGCGUGGUGGAGCUCAACAAGAGCUGCCCAACGGAGGAUGUGGUUGUGCCAUUGGGGACCAUGGGCACGGCAGAGGCACGGGAGCGACGACACGGGCAGACCCCCAGCUCCCCACUCUAGCAUGGACUCUGCCUGGCCCCACAGCACCAGCGUGUGUCUGUUCCUCAGGGAUUUGUGCAGCCAGCGUCCCUGCAGUGCUCAUCCCAUUGGGGUCCCAGUCCUGGCAAUGCUGGGGGUCUCCGGUGCCACCGCUUUGCUUUCCUGCACCAUUGGCUGCAUUGCGCCAGCAGCUGGGUGCUGGGAGCUCCCCUGCCACCAACCACCACAGCCAAUGGCUUUUGCCCCAAGGUUGGGUUUGUUUUUGUUUUUUUUUGGGGGGGAAAGAUUUAUACGACUAUUUAUUUCAUAAUAAAGAGCAGCCACCACGGCCUCGUGUCA